ACAAAACAAACAAUCAAAGAGGGCUUAUAAACAAAGUCUGUUUGGCGAUGGGGAAUAAUAGUUACAAUUGCAAAGCGAAGCCAAAGUGGUUUGUACAAAAAGUUCUAAGAGUUGAAACUACCAACUCCUUUUAGACAUUUGUUUUAUAGGAUAUUCUUUUAUUUUAAAUUUGGAAAAAAGGUUCAAAUCGUAAUAUUUUUGUGCUUUCUUUUGAAAUUAAAUUAAUGUUCCGGGUAAAAAUUACCUACAUAUUCUGACAAAAUUAAAUAAAAACUUGUGACUUAAUUUUUCAUCUUCCUUUGGCCAAAAUCUAAAAUAAGAAUCUGGGUUAUGUUUGCCCAAUCAAUUAGGGGGAGGAGAACCUUGAGAUCAAAUAUUUGUUUAUAAACAAUACAUCAAUUACGAAGUGAAUUGACCGAGUUCGUGGCCUGAGUCUUUCGUUUGGCAUCAUCCAUUUCACAGAACGCUGAGAUUUUAAGCGUGACAAAUUCACACACAUUCCAUUUUGACUCACCCAUGCAAAUGAGCUCCCAUGAAUAUUCAGUUAUGCAUUGGGAGCAAGCGUGGGACGAUCCAUAAUGCCAGCCCACUUUCCAUUUUGCACCACCCGCAGACGAAGAUGCUCCGCCAGAACACCAGCACCAGUCUGCUGAACCUCAGCAUCGGCGAUGGAGGAGGCACCAGUAAUCCCAACCAGGCGCAGUGCCAGUCCCUGGACAUGGACGCCCUGCCCAAGCAGUUCGUGAUGUCCAUGAAGAAGCUCUUCGACAUUCUGGACGACAAGCAGAGCGGCUACGUGCGCUACACGGACAUCGAGAAGGGCUGGCAGGACGACGGCUCCAAGGGACUGCCCCGCGGGGUGCUGGACUCACUGCGUCGGGUCACGCCCAGCAGUGGGCUGCUCUCCUUCGAGCGCUUCUGCGCGGGACUAAAGUUGUGCCUGUUGAGAAAUCAGCAGCAGGCCGUGACGGAGGUGAAGAUGCGGCCUCGUUCCCAGGCCAACCUGGCUCCCGAGAUGGACUACAGUUCGCCAGCUCCACCGCCCAAGCCACCACGACAGAUAGCCACAUCCCCGCCUGCACUGGGUAAAGCCGACAUACGUCAUGCACUCCAAAACUGGCAGCUCAAUCUAAUGGCGGACGCAGGGAAGUCGAAGGUGCCGCAGACGAGGGAACAGUUCGAGCACCGCGGAUCCGCGGAUGGCGGCUCCUCCUCAACCUCCGCCUCGGCCACGGACUGGAGCCUGGCAGCCCUUCCCGCCCUGCCCAAGAAGUCGAGCAGCAAGCGCAGGGAGUCGCGCAGGCACACGCUGCAACAUGGCAUCGAUUACAACAUGCUGAAGCGAAUGAAACAGCUGGAGGAGCAGCGGGAACUGCUCCUCUUUGGCCUCGAUGGCGUGGAGAAGGCGCGCGACUGGUACAUGCAGCAGGUGCUUAACGUCCAGGAGCAGAUCAAGUAUUUCGGUCGCUUGGGAACCAGAUUUGAACAGUGGUCUGAACUCCAGCAGGAGCGACUCAACUUCCAGCGAUCCCGAGUCCUGGAGGCCAAUCGCAGUCUGCAGAUCCUGGCGGACACCUGGGAGCACGGCGGCUAUCCACUGCACAUCAACUUGGCCUUGCCGACGCCCGCUGUCCCGAAGCCCCGACAGAUGUCCGAUCUUCUGAACCGCGUGCGCGAGAAGCCGCCGCUCCUGUCGGACCUCUACGAGCCACAACACUCCCAUCCGCAGUUCCUGCGUGCCAUGUCCAACUUUGUGCUCAGCCAGCCCUCGCCCGUCAGCCAAUCUUCCGCCGGACUGGGCGACGCCGAUGUGGUUUACUGAAGAAUCAUCAAGAGGAGGUGUCUCCGGCUUACUUUGUAAAUAGUGUAUUAUUAAACGACUCAAACUCUAA